UGUAUUUUACUUGCAGGAACGGCAGUAUCCAGUAACGAUCCGUUCCGUUUUCAAGGAGCUGGUGUGGAUUUCAAGGGUAAACUGAUCGGUAUUCGGGAUGUGGAUGAGGCACGGGGUGAUGCGAUGUGCGCCGAUGCAAUGAGGCUUGCAAAAGCAGCCGUGAAAAGUACCGGCCACCAUAAACAGCGAAUUAUUCUCAAUAUUUCCAUUGAAGGCCUCAAAAUUAAGGAUGAAAAAACACAGACAGUUUUGCAUAAUUUCCCCGUUUCACGGAUCUCGUUCAUUGCCCGGGAUACCACCGAUGCACGUGCAUUCGGCUUUAUUUAUGGUUGUUCAGAUAACAAAUAUAAGUUUUACGGUAUGUGA